AUGACCCAACCAUCUGCUGACGAUCUCUCCACCUCGGGCCCCUACAACUAUGAGCAGACCCUUCCCCCCGUGGCUCGGGGCAAUGGUGUCACCCAGGUGGCCCCGGCCAAGAAGAUAACCUUCUACAAGAGUGGAGACCCUCAGUUCGGAGGGGUCAAGAUGGCCAUCAACCAGCGCACCUUCAAGAGCUUCAACGCCCUCAUGGAUGACCUCUCCCACAGGGUCCCACUGCCUUUCGGGGUGCGGACCAUCACGACGCCACGGGGCAUCCACUGCAUCAGCACUCUGGACCAGCUGGAGGACGGCGGGUGCUACCUCUGCUCGGACAAGAAGUACGCCACCCCCGUGAGCCUUGGGGCCGCCGGCCGGAAGACCGGGCCUCCAAAGAACAGCCAACCGGCGAGUACGGCGAGGAAGGCAGCCCCUGACGCCAAGCCAGAAGACCACGCAGCCACGGGGACUCCACAGGGCACAAAGCUCCCAAAGAAAAUCACGCUGGUGAGGAACGGAGACAUCACCGCCCAGCGGCCGUUUGUCCUCAGCCGAAAAAAUGCACGGAGUUUCAGAACGCUCUUAGAUGAGAUUUCUGAGAUCAUGCAGUACUCAGUGAAGAAACUCUACACGCUGGAUGGAAAGAAGAUCGACACCCUGCAGACUGUGCUGCUCUGUCCGAAUGUGCUCAUCUGUGUGGGUCAAGAGUCCUUCAAGCCCAUCAUGAGGGAAAACUCCAGGAAGCAGUCCUCUUUGGACAAACUGCCUGGGCUGACGUCACACUCCAGCAGCAACAACGUCAGUGAGAACAAUGAAAUGGACUUUGGACUGAAAGCCAAAAAGAGCGUGAUUCACCCGAGAUCGUCCCUGAGCAAUCGAUCCGCCAGGUUAUCCUUAUCGUCAGAAAAAUCCUACCCCAACGGGCUGACAUCCUCGGAGAACGGGGCUCCCUCCGUGCACAGUUAUGUCCGCCCUAAAGGAGGGGAUCUGGUCCACGACGACAUUGAAAAGAAGGUCCACGUGAACAAAGACGGCAGUUUAUCGGUUGAGAUGAAGGUCCGCUUCCGCCUGAUCAAUGAUGAAACUCUCCAGUGGUCCACCCAGAUCAAGAAGUCUAGCUUGAUGAACAAGGUUCUCUGCGAAGAGCCGGCCACGAGCGAAGACCAUGGAGUGGAACCGAUGGAGAACCCAGAGGCUAGUUCUGAGAUGGAUGAUUCUUUGUAUCCCUGUGAUGCCGACUCUUACGUUUCGAACCUCGACGAAUCGGAAAGCGAGGAGCCUCGUUGCCACAACUGCGGCAAACUGUGCAAAACGUACGACAUCUGGAAAAACCCCAUGCUCGCUUCUCAAAAGGAGGAGCCCGGGGCAAGGAACGCCUGGCACACCCACUCCUCCUGCUCCAGCACGUCCUCACGUCGAAGGAUAGUCCGGAAAAAGGUAGCCUCCGUCGACAGCAUCCGCACCUCUUCCAGCGGAGAGGAGUACACGAAGCACGUCGUACGGGAAUCGGCCCAUUAUACAGAGACCGUAGAAAACACCGUGGAGUACCAUUCGCUGAAAAAAUGCAGCUGUCCUUGUGAUUCUCUCCAGGCUGACCCAAGGCAAAGUGGAUCGCCGGGGGAAAGAGAUGCUAUAGGUAGCUCGGCCAAUUCGCAGAAGGACGAUGAUGGCAUUGCGGUGGAGGGAGAAGCCCAGGAAAGCCAAGGAAGUAGGCCAGGCAGUAGCAAAUCUAAAGCAUCUCAAUGUUCUGUAGAAAGCCAGAUACAGAUCUGUGAGGAAGCAUGCAGUGUGGAACGGACCAUUUCAUCCUCUAGCAUCAAGGAAAGGAAAGACCUAGAAGACAUUCUAGAUGGCUCUUCUUCUCCGCACAGCAUCUACAGCCGAUCUAGUAAGUGUAGCACUCCGGACGGAUUGAAGGACCACCUAGAUGAGGUUUCGGAGAACGACCAGGUGAUCUCUUCUUUCUCAACGGAUUCGUGCCCUAAGAAUGACGCCACAGAGGGAGAUGCUGAAAGGGAAGAAUCGGAUAUCAACGAAGCCUAUUCUGUCUCAGAGAAGGCAGCAUCCGCCAAGGAUGACGUCAGUGAGAGUGAAAGAUGUUCUACAGGAAGGUCCUUCUGCUCCAAAUCCUGUGACGGAGACAGCAGACGGAGCAACAGCAACGAAGUACCGGCCUGCAGCGCUGCCUCCUCUUCCUCCAGAACUUCGCGGAGAAGCAAACACAGCCAGAAUCACCUGGACGCGGGUUCAAAUCUGUCUUCCGGGUCACAUCGAAGGUCUAAUACCAAGAAGAAGCAAACCAAGAGUUCUCUGCAUGCAGAAGAUGCCAGAUCAAGCAGCAGGACCUCUUGCUAUUCCAGAAGUUCGCACGAAGCGGAGAAAAGGGACUCGGGACGUCACGCCUCUCACAAAUCCAGCACUCCUCAUUCCAAUGCAUCCUCUUUCAGUGAAAUGGCAGCACCUCCAGCCACCAACGAGGAAAGCGUGAGCAGCACUUCCAAAUGUUAUAGCCGGUCCACCAGGAGCAGCCAGAAGGGAGUCCAGCCCGAUGGGAGCAGCCAUACAAUCUCUCCUUGUUCCAGCUUCUCGGAUAGUGGUGGGGAAAAUGGAUGCCCAGCGGGCAAAGUUAGUUCCGAGUCAGACUCUUCAAGACUGAGAAAUUUCUCUGAAUCCACCUGCUCCAAAUGCGGUCAGGGUGCAGAAACCUGGCCGGAUGAUCUUCAGAGCGUUAGUUCAAGGAUCUCUUCACAUUCCGUGGUCAGGAGCCGACGGGCAGAGACGGAGGCUUCACGGAGAAGCGAUGACGCUUGCUCGCAGUCGAGCGUGGCGCCGUCUUCCAAGCGGAGCCGAAGGAAGACCGGCAACCUCUGUCCAGAUGGAGACUGCUCUAGCCAAGCUUCAGCGUCAGCCUCGGCCUCUGUGUACAGUCUGCGCUGCCCUGCGCCUCCUAAGGGGAGGCCGAGCAGCAGAAAAAGUCAGUCCGUGCAGCUGAAGAAGAAUCACAGUGCCAGUGCCUGUACCGAAUUGGAGCCAGCGGCAGACAUGGGGCAGAAAGAAACAGCUGGCUCGCAGUCCCCUGAGACCGAUGUGAUGAACGGGAUAGGUGAUCUGUCUGAUCGCUCGAAUAAGGAGGAGACAGCUUGCCCAGAGAAGGCCCAAGAAGAGCCAGAAACAGAAGCUGCUGCAGAGGGUGACGAAGGGGUCAUCCCGUCUUCUCUUCCCAACACCUCUCCGGAGGAUGUUGUCCAGGAGUGGCUGCGGAAAAUUCCUUCGGAUGCUCUGCUGAUGAAAUGUGAAAUGCAGGACGACGGGGAGGGUGCGGAACUCGAUGCCGAACUACCGAGUUGCUCCAGCCACCAGGAGGCGUUGCAAGGUGGGUCAGAAGAGAAGAAAGAAGAAGAAGAAGAGAAAGAAGGCAAAGAUCCAGCAGCCGUGGAAGCGGCUGGCGGUGAAGCAGAUCAAGAGGUAGAGGAAGUGGGGGCUGUCGAAGAGGAGGCUCAAGAAGAGGAGCCCGAGGAGGAGAAGUCUUCUGAAGUGGCUGCCGAGAAAGAGGCUGAAUCCAGCCAAGCUGGAUGCAAACUUUCUGCCCUCUCCAGUCAGAAUAACCAUAAAAAGGACUUGCCGGACACCAUUCAGACUUCCGUACAAAUCAUGAAGGCUCUACUGGCUUCCAAGCAGGAAGCCAAACUGGACCGUUCCCAUAGUUUGCCCGAGGUGUCCCCAACCAUGGGGAGAAAACUCAGCCACUCCGCCAAUAUUUUGAUCACCUGCCUUGCCAGCCUUCAGCUCCUGGACGAAGAGCUCGACUCGACCGGGAAGUCAAACAAAGGCCUGAACAGACCCCUCUAUACGGAGCUCUUGAAUAUCUUCCAAGCCCUCUGGUUCGAAUCCGCCUCCGAAAAAGGGGCUACCAGCUCAGGUUUACAAGAGGAGGACCAGGCGAAAGUACCGUCAAGCUACAAAGGCCGUAAUUCGAAAGACGGUGACUUCACACCGAUGUCGUCUUCAGGGGUCGAUGUGAGUAGCGGCGAUGGAGGUUCAGGAGAGGGGAGCACGGCGGGUGCCCAGGACUGUGCCUUAUCAGCAGAGAAAAUGGAUGAAGCCAAACCCACUGAAGGGGAAGAAGAUGAAGAAGAUGGCGGAGAAGCAGGAACGGCAGAGGAAGAAGCUGAGAACAAGGAAGUGGAGGAUCAUUCUUCUCAGCCACUGACCCCUUGCUCAGCCUCUGAAGCAGGAGAAAAAGUAGAAUCUGAUGGAGGAGAAGAGGAGAGUCAAGGCAGUCCGUGUGAAAUACAACAGGAGGAAGAAAAAGAAAUGGCUGGAGGAGAAGAAGUAGAAGAGGACAGCAAGCAAGAUGAAAACACUGAGGGUGAUGAAAUGGUCGCUGAUGCAGAGACUGUCCAAGGGGAAACCGAAGAAGACACCGUUGUCAAGGGAGGAGAACGCGAACCGACUCCCGAAAAUGCUGAAGAAGCCACUGAAGAUCCAAUCGACCACGAAGCCGAAGCAACCGCUGCUGAGGGUAAAAAUGAAGAAGAGCCUCCAGAAAAUGGAGCAAAGGAGCUUGUGGACAAGCCCCACGCGGAUACGCAACCCGACGAUGUCGUCGCUCAUCAGCCGUUAGGGAAAGUUGCCCCCCUCAUCCAACAGCGGUCCCUCGACCCCGACCCCAUGUGGGUGCUCAGGCUUUUGAAGAAGAUCGAGAAGGAGUUCAUGACUCACUACGUCAGUGCCAUGAACGAGCUCAAAGUGAAGUGGAACCUGCCCGACACUGAGGAGGUGGACAAUAUGAUUUCCGAGGUGAAAGACGAGGUGAGCAAGAGGAUAAAGAGGAGUAUAGAGAAAGAGCUGAUGAAAAUCAGAAGCAGGGCAGGGCAGAGAGUUCCCAGGCCACCCGACCACAUGCAACGGGAAUCCACGUUGCAGGUGGAAAACCGAAGACGGCGCCUGCAAAGCAUUCAUAAAAUGUCACUCUAUAACGACCGGAAUGCAAACCAGAGUAAACAGCUAGAGGCGAGGGAUGUCUCUGGCGACGUCGAUGAAGGUUCCCUUUUUAGUACAAUUAGGGAUGAUGACAGCGACCAACCAAGUGAAGAGGAGUAUUGUCCUUGUGAUGCCUGUAUCAGGAAGAAGCUGGUGGCCAGGGCCACACGCACCCCAGUCAUGGUGGCCACCAAUGCCCCCGUGGUGAAGGCUUUUGACCUCCAGCAGAUCCUGAGGUUGAAUAAGACCAAUGUCCCCCAAAAGUCAUUAGAACGUGAGAUUGCUGAAAAGGCUCAGGAGGAAGAUCCUCAACAAGCAGAAGGGGAAGCUGCUGAACCUGAGGCGAAUCCGGAAACAGGACUGGUUGAGGAAGGAGAGGCAGGGGAGACCAAAGAACAGGAAGUGACGGAAGAAAAGGAAGUUGUGGAAGAACAGGAGGUGAAGGAGGAGGAAGCUGGCACUCUCAGGGAAGACGGGGUUGAACGUGAGGAGAGUGAGGAAGCAGAGAGAGAAUCGGCAGCAAACGAAGAAGGAGCAGAAGAAGCAAAAGAGGAAAUGGGAGAGGAGGAAGAAAAGGAAGAGGAGGAGGAAGGUGAUGUAGAAAAGGAGGAGGAGGAGGAA